AGCAAAAUCGAACUUCGCAAUCAUCUCAUCUAUAAAAGCAAGAGUCUGAAACAAUGAACCAGUAAUAAUCGAAGGCGAAGAAGAAACCAAAAAAAAAUGUCAGUCGUUGAGUAUGAAGCAGAUAUCUACCUAGACGCACGCCCCACUUACCCCGCCGAUUGGUACUCCAAGCUCGCCGCUCUCUCUCACCAUCACCACCUCGCCUGGGACGCCGGAACCGGAAACGGCCAAGCCGCAACCGGCAUCGCGGAGCACUACGACAGAGUCAUCGCGACGGACGUGAGCGAGACGAUGAUAAAUCUCGGGAAACCGCAUCGGAAAGUAACUUACCACCACACGCCGUCGUCGAUGACGGAAGACGAGAUGGUGGAUCUGAUCGGAGGAGAGAACUCCGUGGAUCUAAUAACGGUGGCCACCGCCGUACACUGGUUCGAUCUCCCGAGAUUCUACGCGAUCGCGAAACGUCUCCUCCGUAAACCGGGAGGGAUCAUCGCCGUGUGGAGCUACACCACGGAAAUGGCGGUGAGUCCCGAGUUCGACCCGGUGAUGGCUCGGUUUACCGAGAAAGCGUUGCCGUAUUUUAAGUUCCCUGAGUGUCAGUAUGUUGUGGACGGUUACAAAUCGUUGCCGUUUCCGUUCGAGAGCGUGGGCCUGGGCUCUGAGGGUAAGCCCAUGGAGCUGGAGAUUAAAAGGACGGUGUCGUUUGAAGGAUUCUUGCGGAUGGUGCGGUCGUGGUCUGCUAUUGGCGCGGCUAAGGAAAAAGGAGUUGAGUUGUUGUCGGAAGAUGUAGUGAAAGAGCUCGAGAUGGCCUGGGGUGGAUCCGAGCUGGUUCGAACCAUCGUCUACAAGACGUUUAUGCUCGCAGGAACCGUUAGAAAAUAGUUUUAACUGUUUAAACUGGUAUAUGAACAGUUGAACAAUAAUUUGUAAAAGUUUGUAAUGAAAGGAAACUAUGUGUAUGCAUAUUAUGAUACUAGCCUUGUCCCAGAUUCAAUUUGAGAA